CACUUCGUUGUUUUAUCAUCUGCAGUGUCAUCUCUUCAACUAAACAGAUCAGCAACCUUGCAUGUGUAUUGUUUUUACCUAUCUGUUUAUUUUUAUAAAGAAAACGAGGUUUUUUUCCAUCGUACGAGUAGUUUGUUAGUGUAUCAUUUUCGAGGUUCUGGGGAUUCAAAAUUCUCCACAAUGAAGCUGUUCCUUCUUCCUUUAGGCCUGUUUUGCUUGAUUGGAAUCAGCGGAGCUUUCGACUUGACUGAAAAAUUCUACUGGAAUAAACUAGACUUCAAAGUGGACGAUGAGGGAAUUCGUCAAAACAUUCCGACCAACGUGUACCCUCGAGGAUUUGAAAUAUGGAAACAAAAGCUCUUCAUAAGCGUACCAAGGAACAUAUCCGAAAUACCUUACACCCUGAACUAUAUCGAUCUCAACACGACAGAAAAAUCACCGCAACUGCUACCUUAUCCGAGUCUCAAAGCCAACCACUUACGAUACGGCCCAUUCAAGUCAGUGCAUCGUAUGCAUAUCGACGUCUGCGACAGACUCUGGCUAAUCGACGACUCGUCCAGCAAGAACUUCUCGAUCUCACCCAAACUAUUCGUGAUCGAUUUAAACACCGAUAUAAUCAUCAAAGAACACAUUCUCAGCCAGCACGUCAAAUGCAAAUCUUCAUUUCGUAAUCUUAUCGUCGAAGUGAACGAAACCGAUUGCGAAUCUGCCUAUGCCUACAUAGCCGAUCCUGUAGGACCAGCUCUAGUCGUCUAUAGCUUUAAAGAUGACGACUCGUGGCGUGUUCAUCACGCGUUCUUCAAUUUCGAUCCUUUAUCCACCGAUUACAAUACCGGUAAUCUGAAUUACCAAAAAUAUCGAGGUAUUUUAGGUAUGGCUUUAUCAAGACCGAAAGGUAAUCAUAAAAUGCUCAUAUUUCAGCCCCAGUCCUCCAAUCACUUAUUCCUCGUAAGGACUGAUAUCCUCAAAGACCCCUCUAAAGCUAAUAAUAAUUUCCAUAAAUUUAAAGUAUUCGGUCAUAAAGGUAAAAAUUCGCAAUCUUCCGCGUUGGCUUUUGAAAAACAUAAUGGAAUUUUAUUCUAUGGAUUAGUCAAUCAAAAUGCUAUCGGGUGCUGGAAUUCUGAAAAGUUUGGAUACGAUUUGUCCGAAGGGACGGUUGGAGUUGUGGCUAAAAACGAUACGUCAUUGGUAAAUAUUUCUGAUUUGAAGAUCGACUCGGCUGGUAAUUUAUGGAUAUUGAGUAAUAAAUACCCGUUGAUAACGCAGAAGGGAUUGAACGAGCAGGAAAUUAAUUUUAGAAUAUUUUCGGUUCCUGUGGCCGACUUAGUUGCUAAUACUAUUUGUGAAAAAGUUACCGAUGUAGGUGUGUAAAAUUAUUGUAAUAAAUAUUGCUACCAUAAUUUAA